CCAUCCUUGGUACGCCCGUCAACUGGUGCGCAUGCAUGCCAGACUGUCUACUGUCUGUGUAGUGGUGUGCUCGUCUUCUGCUUGAUUGGAGAGAAUGAAAUAAUGCGUUGAUAGUACGGGGAAGUCACCACGACCGCAGAAAAUGGCUUUUUUACAAAGAGGAACCUAACGCAGUUCAACAGAGAAAGGAAAAGAAAGCAUGUAAAAACAUUUGGUUCCCCUUGUCUCUACAUGUUUUCUUUUCCUCAUUAGAUGGUAUUCAGCGAGCCGUCUCUGCCAGAGGAAGAGGACUACUUGGCGAAUAAUAUGAAGGAGAUGAUCGGGGGCUGUUGCGUUUGCUCAGAUGAGAGAGGCUGGGCGGAAAAUCCUCUGGUUUACUGUGACGGGCAUGGUUGUAAUGUCGCUGUUCAUCAAGCAUGUUAUGGCAUAGUGCAAGUUCCCACUGGCCCCUGGUUUUGCAGAAAAUGUGAAUCCCAGCAGAGAGCAGCUAGGGUGAUUAAGGGCAGGAAGGGGCGAAAGGCCAGUCAGCAGCUCCCGGACGGAGGAGGAAGAUCCACUGCCCACCGCAAAGUUGCCAAGGAAGAGGGACAUGCCAAAAGUUUAAAAAAGGUCAAUACAUGGAGGUGUGAGCUGUGUCCCCACAAGGAUGGUGCCCUCAAGAAGACUGACAAUGGCGGUUGGGCACAUGUCGUCUGUGCGCUCUACAUCCCAGAGGUGGAGUUUGCCAAUGUGUCCACCAUGGAGCCCAUUGUGCUGCAGUCUGUCCCCCAUGAACGCUACAACAAGACCUGCUACAUCUGUGAGGAGCAGGGCCGUGAAAGCAAGGCUGCUACAGGGGCCUGUAUGACCUGCAACAAACAUGGUUGCCGGCAAGCCUUCCACGUCACCUGUGCUCAGUUUGCUGGUUUUCUGUGUGAAGAGCAGGGCUCGGAUGCAGACAACGUCAAAUACUGUGGAUACUGCAAGUACCAUUACAGCAAACUGAGACGCAAAGAGAGGGACAAAAACAAAGCCAGACAUAAGAGGACUGCAGAGUCCCCUGCUCUCUGUCCCAGCCUGACUGUCACCAUAGAGAAGGUGAGCCACUUCGUCUCCUCUCUCCUUGGUCUUAACAAAAAAGAGAAAUUUUGGCAGUGUGGUGUUGUGGUUAGAAUGCUGGGCCUGUAAACUGAAGGGUGUGGUUUCCAGGUGAUCAGUGAGGAAGUCACUGUGCUGCUGUUAAAAUGGGUAAUGGGUGUCCACCAAGCCAAGAAAGACUGCAGUAUAUUGAA